GAAAUGAAAAAUUAAGAUCCUAAUACAAAAUUCAAAAGAAAGUGAAAAGCAUCUACAUUGUACAAAAGACAGAAUACCUUUUCAUCAUGCCUUUUAUGAAAGGAGCAGCUCCUAUAAGGAGAACAUUGAAAUAUUUAGAGAAAGGAAGUUUGGUAUUCAAAGACAAUGUCAAAAUAGUCACUUUUAACUUUAAUAGAAAUCAGCCAUCUAGUGAAGGUACCAAGCAGUUUGUAUUUUGGCAUUUUGCACAAAUGCAGUAUAAAAAUCCUGAUGUGCAAAUGUGUGUCUACAAUGAUUUGACGCCAUCACCAUUUUUUAAAAUUUUCUUUAGUGGUGGAUCCAAGUUAGUUUUAGACAUUGCCAGUCAAGAUAAAGACGAAAUUUUUAACCAAGUUAAAAGGAUAUUUUGUAAAAACGAAGAAACGCUGCCAGCUGAAGCACUGGCCAAAGAGAAGAAAACCAAUCCUGCCAACUUUGGUGCCAACUGUAGCAACCAGUGUAUCUGUGAGAUCCCUGGUCAGGUUCCCGGUCCUAAAUAUGUGCCGUUACCUAAAGAAAUGCGUGGCAAAUGUAAAUUCCAGCACAAAGAUGUAGUUGAUGAAUGAAAGAAAGUUUGGAUUGCAUGAUUAAAAUUUUUUGUUUAUUUUUAUGUACUGUG